UGUCUUCAGACAGUAGUUUCCUGGCAGACCCCUUCUCCUUCUCUGCUGGCCUGACCACUCAGUUCUCUGGGGAGUUUGGAAUCAUCGUCUUCAACAAGGUGCUGGUCAACGAUGGAGGACACUACAACUCUCACACAGGUAUCUUCACGAUACCGAUGGAAGGGCGUUACCUGAUCUCAGGAGUUCUGAUGGCUCGRCAGGGACUGGAGGCUGUUUUGUCUGUCUCCAACCGUAGUGUCCAUAGGCUGAUGAGCUCCGCGUCUGGAGCAGGGACAGUGGCCCAGGACAGUUGUCCCUGUGGAGGCUCUGUCUCGUUCAGCCUGAUCCUGUCUCUGAGGCAAGGGGACCACGUAGCUCUGGUCCGGACCGCAGGACAGCUGGCCACCACAGAGUCCAGAGACACCCUAUCAACAUUCAGCGCCAUUUUCCUCUAUGCCCCGCAGCCAAUCACCAGAUAGUUACCACUGGGCCAACCAAUCACACAGCAAGGACUUGGUCAUGUACAUUCCACAACCAAUCAGAAAGCAGGAAUACAUUUAAACAGACACCAGAAAUCCAAUCACCUGCAACCCUGCAGUUGUUCAGAAUAAUGAUUUGUAUCCUAGAUAUAGAUAUUCACCAUGUAAAAAAUAAUUCUAUGCUCACCUUUUUACUGAACGAUUAUGCCAAAGAUAUCAACAAAUAUUAAGUGGUCAUUCAUGUAUUUGACAAUAUAGAUGUCUGCUUUUUUUUCUACCUUUUAUUUUAAAACAUUUUCCUAAAUUAACAUUUAUAAAAUUAUAUAUGUACUUUGUUUUCUUUGAAAAAAAAUGUCAGAGGGAAGAGACCACCAUAUAGUUUAUUCAGUAUUCCAUACCACAUCCUGUUUAGUUUCAUCUGUUUUACAGGUUAUUCAGUAUUCCAUACCACAUCCUGUUAGAUUCAUCUGUUUUACAGGUUAUUCAGUAUUCCAUACCACAUCCUGUUAGAUUCAUCUGUCUUACAGGUUAUUCAGUAUUCCAUACCACAUCCUGUUAGUUUCAUCUGUCUUACAGGUUAUUCAGUAUUCCAUACCACAUCCUGUUAGUUUCAUCUGUCUUACAGGUUAUUCAGUAUUCCAUACCACAUCCUGUUAGUUUCAUCUGUCUUACAGGUUAUUCAGUAUUCCAUACCACAUCCUGUUAGAUUCAUCUGUUUUACAGGUUAUUCAGUAUUCCAUACCACAUCCUGUUAGAUUCAUCUGUCUUACAGGUUAUUCAGUAUUCCAUACCACAUCCUGUUAGUUUCAUCUGUCUUACAGGUUAUUCAGUAUUCCAUACCACAUCCUGUUAGUUUCAUCUGUCUUACAGGUUAUUCAGUAUUCCAUACCACAUCCUGUUAGUUUCAUCUGUCUUACAGGUUAUUCAGUAUUCCAUACCACAUCCUGUUAAGUUUCAUCUGUUUUACAGGCUAUUCAGUAUUCCAUACCACAUCCUGUUAGAUUCAUCUGUCUUACAGGUUAUUCAGUAUUCCAUACCACAUCCUGUUAAGUUUCAUCUGUUUUACAGGUUAUUCAGUAUUCCAUACCACAUCCUGUUAGAUUCAUCUGUCUUACAGGUUAUUCAGUAUUCCAUACCACAUCCUGUUUAGAUUCAUCUGUCUUACAGGUUAUUCAGUAUUCCAUACCAAAAAACUGUUACCAUUCGUAAAACAGUAGGGUUGAUUAAUUCCUUCACGUAUGUUGUCAAUAAACCCAUUUGAAGAUUUG